CACAUGAUGCAUAUGAUAGAGCUUUUAAUUCUGCAUCGAAUGAUGUGAUCCUUUUCUCUGGGCUAUGAGUUUCGCAAUGGAAAAAAAAUUCGAUUUUAUAUGGUCACUGCUAUGUAUAAGUUGCUAAGGGUACUUUGAAGUAUCCAGUUCAUAGCCGAGAGAAAAGAACAACACCAUUCGAUGCAAAAUUAAAAGCUCUAUCAUAUGCAUCAUGUUUUCUCUCUCGGCCAUGAGUUUUUUAUUAGAAAAAAUAUUCGGUAAUGUAUGGUCACUGUUGUGCGGAAUUUCCUAAGGGUCAUUUGAAGUGUCCAGUUCAUAGCCGAGAGGGUGGGUGUGGGUGUGGGUGGGGUGUGAAUUAAGGAAGCAAAACACUCUCAUACCCACCCUAACCCACACCCGCACCCACACCCAAUGAGUCACUCGGAAUGAGCAUGGAUGAUGGUUUGUAUAUGUUCUGAGAGAUUUGGUUUGUUGAGAAAAGUUCCUUUUUGUAAAUAAAAAAUGAGGAAAAGGGAGCAUUCUGUACGCUGUGACGAAGCAAGCAAGCAGUCUUAGGGAGUCGUGAUUUGCUGUGAUUGCGAUAUGAUCUGAAAGGUGUGUACUAGUUUGAAAGUUUUGAAUGUUCCGGAAAAUAAAAAUGAGGACUAGUGAAUGUGUUCUUUCGACUUUUGUUGUGACUAUUUGUAGGGAAGGAAAAAGUUAUGCCUGUGCAGGAUAUUAGAAGUUAGAUCUAUUGCAAGUAGUGAGGAUAUGUGUUAUUUGAGUAGUUCGCUUUGAUGUGAAUGCAAUAACUAUGGUUCACAUGGUGAUUUUGUAGGAAGCUGGUCUGUCAGAGUAGUAUAUGCGUGUUUCCUUUGGCGAAAGGGUAUUGGAAAGAGCAGGCUCUCGAUGGUGGAAGGCUUCACAGUUGGUUGAAGGUUUAUGUUGCUGUCAAGACACGAAAAAUGAGGGGCUAGCGACUUGAACGCUUAGUAUCGUUGUAGAGUGUUGAAGUGAUUAGGGUGUGGGUGUUGUAUUUAUUCCACCCACACCCACACCAAAGGACCAGUUGUUCUCAUAUAUAUUCGACAAGAUUUCUUUGGAAGAUAUAUGCCAGCGUUUUUGGAGUGAAUAUUUCAUAGCAUUGUCAGAUACGGUUGAUGGUAAUUUAAUCUUUGAGAAAGCUAAUCUAAAUGUAUUUAGGGAGACUUGGUUGCGGAGAGAAUGUCGUAUUAAAUGAUUACAUAUCUCAAAACGUUAUGCAGAACAUCAUUCAUUCUUAGAGAGAAUAAUAUACUGGUGUUCAGACCGGGUUCCUCACGAAUCAACACCAAAUUUCGAAAUCGAUGAGGUAAUGACCCUUGCAGAGUUCCCAGAGUCCUUCUAAUCCGCUCGUGCGCGAUGUAUAGUAUUUAAACUAAAAUGUAAAACAAAAAUUGUCUUACAUCAUUCUAUCUCCCUAUUGACGUUAUUGUUCAAAUUUUACAAUUGUUAAAAUAUUAAAACAAAAUGUAAUACUUGUUGUCAAGCGAUUUAGUGAGAGAUAUUUUUUUUUGUCCUAUGUAUUGAACCCUCUACCUUUUUGUGUGCUUAAUUCGCUUAAUUCCCUUUCUUUUUUUUUGUGCGGAACUUUCUACUUUCUCUUUUUCUUUUUGUGUUUUGUAUGUGCUAUAUUCACACUAUGUACUGUUAGGAUCCAAAGGUCGCCAGUUUUGUGCAAAUAAAAACAAAAACAAGCUGUUUUUAUGACCUGUUCGUUUUUUCUUGAAGAAAAGUAAAGCGUUUCGAGAAGCAUUGGUGAAAUAUCGAAUUUUCAAUUAUUGAAGGAUUAUAUCACACGUUUCUUAAUUCUCAACCAAUGUAAAAGAAAUAUUACACAGCCACUAUAUAUGAGGUCGAAAAUCACUACUGUUCUAUUUCGCUUUAACAAUAUCGAUGGUUUUAACAGUAUUUUGUCAUUUUGUAUUUGUUCUAUUCAGGUAAUUGUAAGAUUCAUUUUUUCUCAUAUUCAUCUAACUUUGAAUGUGUGUUCUACUUUGUAGUCUAACAGGUUUGAUUCUCAGUUCGUUUUACAUAUAUUACUAUUAAUUUAGUAUAUUCCUAGCUCAAGUAAACUCUCAAUUCUGUCAUGGAAGGACUCAAUAUGAUCGAUGUUCAUCAAAUAGUGGGUGUAGUUGUUUCUUUAUAGUCGGUACUCAUGAGAUUGGUAUUUGUACUGAUGAUUUCGUGCCUUGCUCUGAGCUGGUUGCAUGUGAAGGUCCAAAUAACAUUUGCCGUCAAUCUAACCAUAGAUGUGUCCAUCAUCCUCGAUGUCAUAAUGCUCCUGUUUGUUAUCCAAUUCCAAGUUUCAAUCAACAGCUAUGUCCACUGUUAUCAAGUAAGAGUACCAUCAAUGCUCAAUAGAUUUUAAUGGAAUUUUGAGUGUUUGUAUGAAUGGGAUUUGAUAAAAGUCUAUUAUCAAUACUUUUCUUAUUUACUUGUACAUUGAAAAACAUUUUUUCCUCAUUGAGACAGAUACUGAGAUGCACGUCUUAUACAACCUUUUCACAGAUAAUUCGUCCAGAGGAGAGUAUUCUUGAAACGGAAUGAAAAUUAUGAAUGGAGCUUAACCAAUCAGAUCAAAUACCUUCAAAAUAUUCUAUACUAAUUAUGGAAGAGUUUUGCAACAAAAAACACUCAGAUAGAAGAAGUCGAACGCGGCAUUCUACUUAGCUUAUUCUUAGUUCAAUGUAAUACGAUUCGGCUAAAUCCAGUCAUGAAAAAUAUUACUUAGUUUUAUUGGCACAUAUGUAGCAAACAGGUUUUCUAUCAAAAUCAUUUUUGAAAUAUCUCUUAGAUUUCAUUGAAAUCUUAAGUAACCGAACUCUAUAUUGUAUUUUGUUUUAAAGCGACAAUCGCUACAACAGCCGUGCCAACGGCAACUACUGCAACCACCACACAAGAACCAGGGGCUCACAAUAUUCCUGUUAAUGCUACUUGGUCACGAAUCGGUGUAACUGUUGCUGGAGGUAAUGGGUAUGGUGGAGCGCUCAAUCAAUUCUACUAUCUUCGUGGUUUUCUUGCUGAUGAUGAUCAAACAUUGAUCGUUGCUGACUGGAACAACAAUCGAAUCGUCGAAUGGCAGGUGGGUGCAUCAGAAGGCAAAGUAAUUGCUGGUGGCAACGGUCAAGGAAGUCGAUUGGACCAAGUAGUUUUUGCAACUGAUGUAUUGCUCGAUAGUACAACAAAUAGUGUGAUUAUCUGUGAAGACCGAAACCGACGAGUUGUUCGAUGGUCUCGUAAUCCUGGUACAAUGCAAGGAGAAAUCCUUCUCAAUGACAUCUUUUGUGAAGGAUUGGCAAUGGAUGAAGAAAGAAAUCUCUACGUUACCGACAUUUUGGAAAGUGAGGUGAGACGAUAUGCACUGGGAAGUAAAAAUGGAACCUUAGUGGCUGGUGGACAUCGUAGAGGUAUUGGUAAAAAUCAAUUUAAUAAUCCGGCAUCACUUUUUGUCGAUCGGCAGCAAACAGUUUACGUGUCAGACAAAGAAAAUCAUCGAGUAAUGAAGUGGGAGAAAGGUGCAACAGAAGGGGUUGUUGUCGCUGGUAAUAAUGGCGAUGGAAAUACUCUGAAACAACUAUCAUAUGCUGGUGGACUCUUCGUUGAUUCAAUAGGCACUGUGUAUGUAACAGACAUAAGAAACCAUCGAGUAAUGCGUUGGCCAAAAGGAGCACAACAGGGAACUGUUAUUGUCGGUGGAAAUGGCGAAGGUGAUGCAGCUGAUCAAUUGGCUCGUCCUGCAAGUAUUUCGUUCGAUAAACGUGGCAAUCUUUUUGUUUUCGACAGUGGAAAUCAACGUAUACAACGUUUUUCUAUUGAAGAUACUAAUUAA